UGGGGGUUAAUUGGUUUUGCGACGGCACAAAAAUUGCGUUGUGUUCUCGUUGCAAGCGGUUUUAUAUUAAACUUAUGCACAGUUAUGUCUCAUUCAGACGUUAUUGCUGCUAGAUUCCUGACUUUUGAUCAAAUGUACAGCUAUGAGAGGCGUUUAGAGACGUUUGCAGAUUGGCCUUUCCGUGAGGAUUGUCAGUGCACACCAGAGCUGAUGGCCAAGGCAGGUUUUGUACACUGUCCUAGUGAGAAUGAGCCUGAUGUGGCCUGCUGUUUCUACUGCCUCAAAGAGCUGGAAGGCUGGGAGCCAGAAGAUAUCCCCUGGUCUGAGCAUGCGAAACGUUCUCCAGACUGUGGAUUCUUGCAGAUUAAAUCUGUCCGAAAGCUCAAUGCCAUUGAUUUUUUUCGUCUUGAGCAUGGGAGGAUUCGCAAUUACAUCAGGAAAAUGGCACACAUGAAGAUCGCACACUUCCGUGAUGAAGUGGAAAACACCAGCAAAAAUUUGAAAGUUCUUUUUGAUAUCUUGUAGUUAUAACUGUAAUUGUUUGGCUAUCAAACUUUUUGUCUUUUCAAUUCCAUGUUUAAUUUGGCUCAGAAAUAUCCUAUGCUGUGUCAGCAGACCACAGGGAGGCAGUGUCAUGCAGGGGUCUUAGCUUGACCAGAGCAAUGUGAGGAGGGGGAAACAGAAUCCUAGCAGUAUUUGCUUUGCUUUACCACAAAUCCUGAUCAAAUCCUGCAGGCAUCUGACGGAACUGAAUAAAUGAAACGUUUGCCACAUUUUUAGCCGUUUAGCCAAACUUGCCACACUUUUUUUUUUUGUUUUUUUUAAAGCCCCCCACUCAUCCAAACCUUGACCCUGGGCAGAUGGCCUUAAGCUCCUCCCCCUUAAUACCAACUGUUGCCCCAGCAACAUCUGUCACUUUGGACACUGCAUAUAGGAGGGGACACAAACAGUGCAUCCAAAACUAUCACUACAUAUGUGUGAUGGAAGAUCAUUAUCAUCAUGAGCGUCUUCUUACCUGUUAAUUUACCUUAAUGUAACGUGUUUUUGUUAAAUUUAAAGUAACCUCUGGAUUAUGGUCAUCUAUAAAACAUUAGAUUUGUACAUUUUCUGUAAUUUUAGUACUCAAUCUUUUGCAUUUUGAAAAAUGUUACUAGGGGUCUAAUGUCCUGUGGGUUGAAUGAAAUGCAAUGGAAAAACCACAAUAUCUUGCACUUUGAACUAAUGUGCCUAAUUUUUAAUGACUUGAUGGUAUAUUGUAGUCUGAUUUGUGUUUUGUUUAAUAAAUGGAUAAAGUUUAAGAA